UUGUGCACGAUUGCAUGUAAAGGAAUAUAAAUAGUAAUACAGAUUCGACAUCAUACUUCAUACAACACACCUACAAGCAACCAUUCCUAACGGCACUAAGACAGCGCUAAUCUUCUAGAUAAGGCUUCUUGAAUGCUCAUCACUGCGGCUCCCGGUCGGUUAUUCCACUCUUCCCGGAGGAGCAGCGGAUCAGUUAAUUUGCGGCUGUCGUUGGUGAUCCUUCUGUCGUCGCAACCGCGGGCUGAUUACUCUAUUUCUUCGCACCAAAAUGUCACGAAAUCCGCCAGUGCUCUACCUGUUAGUUGUGCUUUCGGUCGCGCUUACUGUAAAGGGAGAAAACUUUUGGAAUAGUAACUGCGAAAUAAUAAAAAACCAGUUGACAAAUAUCAAUAACCAGAUCGACCAGCAAACGAGCUACUACCAGCUGCGAACGUUCGAUCGCCAUACAACCACAUCCGAGCGUCUCCGCGAUUUUCUGUAUACCAUCAAGAGCUGGCAGCAGAACUUUGAUCAGAGCAUCAAUAGAAUGCAAACCCUUCUCCAUACCAAACAACAAGAGCUCACCAUACCACGCGAGUACUAUGAGCGCUUAACGGAUAGUUUCGAAAAAGUGUUCCGGAAACUGGAUGAGCGAAAUGCACUCCAACAGAACGACCUGAGCGUGCGGCUCAAUGAAAUUGAAAUCUUGCAGCAACAAAAACAAACCGCCAUACAGGAACUGCAAUCUCUGAAUGACAAUAAAACCACGGUGAAAAAGGAGCUAGAAGCAAUGAACGUAAUCAUUUCGGAGCUCACAACGGAUAAACAAAAACUGGAAGCGAAAAUCAACGGUAACCCUCCAGCAGUUCGUGGAUAGCCAUGUGGCAUAGAAUUGAAAAAAAUGUGUUUUCCGUGCAUCUUUUCCAUUCAGCUGAUAUUGUAACUUUGCGAAUAAAGUGUUUCUGCAUAACAUG